AUGGAUAUAAGUCAAGAAUUUCUUGGUGGUUUCAUUUCUAAACCAAUAAAUAUUAGACGUUUUAAAACUGAAAAUUCUUAUACUAUUGAAUCAGUUAAAUUGUCUAAAGUCAAUGAACGUACUAUAAUGGCCAAGCUGAAUUCAAUUAAUCCAAAUAUUGAUUUAUCAAAUCUUCAAAAUGAAUUAAAACAUUGUGAUGUAAAAUUACAGAAAUUUAAUUUUCAAGCUUGUUUUGAUUCAUGCGAUACUUUAACUGCUCGUUGUCUUCUUCCUAUCUAUGGUAGAGUUACUAGUGAUAUUCGAACACCAAAAGGAUCAAAAUGUGAUUGUUACCAAACUAAAAGAUUUAGGUUGUAUUCUAAACAACCUCCAUUCACUCCAAGAGGCAAUAUUAUACCUGGCCAAACUAUAUUAAUUACGGUUUCGUUAUAUCAUCCAUUUCAUUGGGCUAAGAAUCAAAUUCCAGAUGAAACAAUAACUCCUCAUUUUAAUGAAAGCAUUCAACUGUAUGACACUCAAACUCUUAAAGAUUUAAAACAGGCAUUCAAGUGUGAUAAUGUUGAUUCUGAAAUUAGUGGUGAUAUGAGUGUAAACCCUAAUAAACCAUUAGGUAAUUUAGAACUUGUUUAAAUGUUACUUAUUUAUUUUAUUUUUUUAAUUAUAUAUUAUUGCUAAUAGAAAAUGACAACCUGUAUUCUACAGUUUAUACUCUAUACAGAAAAAUAGUACAAUAUUUAAAUUUUAUUAAAAACUGAAUAAUGUUUAUAAUACAGAAUAUUUUUUCAUUUUAACCAUUAACUUAAUUAUUGGUAAAAUUUAGUGAUCAAGUAAAAAGACCGGACCGAAAAUAUUGUUUGUUUGAAUGUUACCGAUUUCUCUCAGAAAAAAGAAACAAAAUAUAUUACUGGUUCUAAUUUAUUAUUUAUUCAAUAUUUGAACAUUUAUUUUAUGUGACAACAUCUUUAACUUAUAGUCAAAUUAUGCAAACUUACAUUUUAUUCAACUAUUUUAACAUACGAUCCAUUUAGCAUGUCAGGAUUUUCCUACGCAUUAUAUAUAAAUGUAACAAAAUUUAUUUAAUCAAACUACUUUAUAUUGAGUAUUUGUGUGCAUAAUUAGUAUGGAGACUACAGAUAGUUCUUCAAGUUUCAUUCAUUAGUUAAUGUAAAAGAAAAAUCAUAUAGGUAGUUGUUUGCAUGCCUUUAAACAUACUAUUUUUUAAUAAUUUUUGUAAACUUUGUUAGAGAAAAAAUGAUUAUUUUGUGGAAAAUGCUAUUUAAAAAUGAGCAACUGAUAUAUUACUAUAUAUUUGGUGACUUUAAAAAUCUAUAUUCUAUUCAUAAUAAGAAUACACCAGUUGGUUGACGAAAACACGUCUUGUAUUGCAUACAGUUGUUGAUUAUCGGUUCGGUGAUGAGGGUUCCACCAGUCUAAUAAUGCAAGCAAACUGGAGAAAGAACUGGUGUACUAUUAUUCUAAAUAGAAUAUACAUCUGUUUCAUUAAUUUAAUUAUAUGUUUUUUUUUUUUUUUUGCUUUAGAAUUUUUAGCAAACUCUGAUAUGAAACAAGGUUUAUUCUAUAUAAACAAAAACAUUUAUGUAGACAGUUUAAAUGAUGGAUCAAUGUCAUUAAGUUAUGCAGAAACAAUGAAAAAAUGGGCUCAAUCUCAUGGGCGUUCUAUUGACAACAUAUUAUCAUUGGAUACACAACUUUUGGACUUAGAGGUGUGCAUUGGUGAACCUUACAUAUUUCUACAUUUGGGACGCUGUGAACAUUUAUUUAUAUUCAAUGAAAUCAAUAUCGCUCAAUCUAGUGAUUGUUUAGGCAAGACAAAUUAUCCAAGAAUAAUCAGUACUGCAAAAGGAAAGUUAAAGUUUUGUAUAUUUUGUAAUAAGUAUAUAGCUAGUAUUGUCAUGUUGAACAAUGAUGAUAGGACAUGUGUGACAGUAAAUCAUAUGUGUGAAACAUGUUUUUCAUCAUAUAAUUAUGAUAUUCUGGGUGAUAAAGUGGCAGACUUUAAAGCUUUUAGAGCACUUAAAUGGAAAAGGUAA